CGGCCCGGGCGGGGCCGCGCUUCCGGCCGCGCGCGAGCGAGGACAGCCCGGGCGCGCAGCCGUGGAUGAGCAGGACGUGUCCAGCGCUCCCAGCAAACCAUGGCGUAUCAGCUCUAUAGGAACACCACGCUGGGCAACAGCCUGCAGGAGAGUCUGGACGAGCUCAUACAGUCACAGCAAAUCACACCUCAGUUGGCCCUUCAGGUGCUCCUUCAGUUUGAUAAAGCUAUAAAUUCAGCACUGGCACAGCGAGUCAGGAACAGAGUCAAUUUCAGGGGGUCUCUGAACACAUACAGGUUCUGUGACAAUGUAUGGACAUUUGUACUGAAUGACGUGGAGUUUAGGGAGGUCACCGAACUUGUGAAAGUGGAUAAAGUGAAAAUUGUAGCAUGUGAUGGAAAAAGUAAGUAUGAAAUAUGACAUAACUAGGCUGAGACAUGAGACUUGAUUGUUUUUAGAAAGCUUUGUCUAAAUGUCUUACUAAAGCCAGGUAGACUGUAUGACACAGACGGAAGUAGGGCUUUGUAUUCCCUUUUACAUCUGAUGAGAGAUGAAACAAAAGCCAGCUAAAUGCUUCCCUGAGUCACAGGCACUGAGGUAGAACCGUGUUAGGGACUGCUGUGCACCUGUUGCUGGGAAGUAUAUAAUACUAGAGCAAUUAGAAGUCAGAAGUAAUCUUUAUUUUCUGUGUAGUGAAUUUUCUAGUACUAACUUAUUUGUUGGGAUAGCACCGUGUUUUACUGAAUC